AAUACACACUAGCUUCGCAGCGUUCUGUAGUGUUUUGUGUUUAUAUUCAGAACAGUUGGCUGUAAGGUUGGUGUUUCAGGAGCUUACGAACAAAUCUUUUGUCCAGAAGCAUGCAGAUCUUUGUGAAAACCCUGACUGGCAAGACCAUCACCCUUGAGGUUGAGCCCAGUGACACUAUUGAGAAUGUCAAGGCCAAAAUCCAAGACAAAGAAGGCAUUCCUCCAGAUCAGCAGAGGCUGAUCUUUGCUGGCAAGCAGCUGGAAGAUGGCCGCACCCUGUCUGACUACAACAUCCAGAAGGAGUCCACCCUCCACCUGGUGCUCCGCCUUAGGGGUGGUAUGCAGAUCUUUGUGAAGACCCUGACUGGCAAGACCAUCACCCUCGAGGUUGAGCCCAGUGACACCAUUGAGAAUGUCAAGGCCAAAAUCCAAGACAAAGAAGGCAUUCCUCCAGAUCAGCAGAGGCUGAUCUUUGCUGGCAAGCAGCUGGAAGAUGGCCGCACCCUGUCUGACUACAACAUCCAGAAGGAGUCCACCCUCCACCUGGUGCUCCGCCUUAGGGGUGGUAUGCAGAUCUUUGUGAAGACCCUGACUGGCAAGACCAUCACCCUCGAGGUUGAGCCCAGUGACACCAUUGAGAAUGUCAAGGCCAAAAUCCAAGACAAAGAAGGCAUUCCUCCAGAUCAGCAGAGGCUGAUCUUUGCUGGCAAGCAGCUGGAAGAUGGCCGCACCCUGUCUGACUACAACAUCCAGAAAGAAUCCACCCUCCACCUGGUGCUCCGCCUCAGGGGUGGCAUGCAGAUCUUUGUGAAGACCCUGACUGGCAAGACAAUCACCCUUGAGGUUGAGCCCAGUGACACCAUUGAGAAUGUCAAGGCCAAAAUCCAAGACAAAGAAGGCAUUCCUCCAGAUCAGCAGAGGCUGAUCUUUGCUGGCAAGCAGCUGGAAGAUGGCCGCACCCUGUCCGACUACAACAUCCAGAAAGAAUCCACCCUCCACCUGGUGCUCCGCCUCAGGGGUGGCAUGCAGAUCUUCGUGAAGACCCUGACUGGCAAGACCAUCACCCUUGAGGUUGAGCCCAGUGACACCAUUGAGAAUGUCAAGGCCAAAAUCCAAGACAAAGAAGGCAUUCCUCCAGAUCAGCAGAGGCUGAUCUUUGCUGGCAAGCAGCUGGAAGAUGGCCGCACCCUGUCCGACUACAACAUCCAGAAAGAAUCCACCCUCCACCUGGUGCUCCGCCUCAGGGGUGGCAUGCAGAUCUUCGUGAAGACCCUGACUGGCAAGACCAUCACCCUUGAGGUUGAGCCCAGUGACACUAUUGAGAAUGUCAAGGCCAAAAUCCAAGACAAAGAAGGCAUUCCUCCAGAUCAGCAGAGGCUGAUCUUUGCUGGCAAGCAGCUGGAAGAUGGUCGCACCUUGUCUGACUACAACAUCCAGAAGGAGUCCACCCUCCACCUGGUGCUGCGUCUGAGGGGUGGAAUGCAGAUUUUUGUAAAGACCCUGACUGGCAAGACCAUCACCCUUGAGGUUGAGCCCAGUGACACUAUUGAGAAUGUCAAGGCUAAAAUCCAAGACAAAGAAGGCAUUCCUCCAGAUCAGCAGAGGCUGAUCUUUGCUGGCAAGCAGCUGGAAGAUGGCCGCACCCUGUCCGACUACAACAUCCAGAAGGAGUCCACUCUCCACCUGGUGCUGCGUCUGAGGGGUGGCAUGCAGAUCUUUGUGAAGACCCUGACUGGUAAGACCAUCACCCUUGAGGUUGAGCCCAGUGACACCAUUGAGAAUGUCAAGGCCAAAAUCCAAGACAAAGAAGGCAUUCCUCCAGAUCAGCAGAGGCUGAUCUUUGCUGGCAAGCAGCUGGAAGAUGGCCGCACCCUGUCUGACUACAACAUCCAGAAGGAGUCCACCCUCCACCUGGUGCUGCGUUUGAGGGGUGGUAUGCAGAUCUUUGUGAAGACCCUGACUGGCAAGACAAUCACCCUUGAGGUUGAGCCCAGUGACACUAUUGAGAAUGUCAAGGCUAAAAUCCAAGACAAAGAAGGCAUUCCUCCAGAUCAGCAGAGGCUGAUCUUUGCUGGCAAGCAGCUGGAAGAUGGCCGCACCCUGUCUGACUACAACAUCCAGAAGGAGUCCACCCUCCACCUGGUGCUCCGUCUGAGGGGUGGUAUGCAGAUCUUCGUGAAGACCCUGACUGGCAAGACCAUCACCCUUGAGGUUGAGCCCAGUGACACCAUUGAGAAUGUCAAGGCCAAAAUCCAAGACAAAGAAGGCAUUCCUCCAGAUCAGCAGAGGCUGAUCUUUGCUGGCAAGCAGCUGGAAGAUGGCCGCACCCUGUCUGACUACAACAUCCAGAAGGAGUCCACCCUCCACCUGGUGCUGCGUUUGAGGGGUGGUAUGCAGAUCUUCGUGAAGACCCUGACUGGCAAGACCAUCACCCUUGAGGUUGAGCCCAGUGACACCAUUGAGAAUGUCAAGGCCAAAAUCCAAGACAAAGAAGGCAUUCCUCCAGAUCAGCAGAGGCUGAUCUUUGCUGGCAAGCAGCUGGAAGAUGGCCGCACCCUGUCUGACUACAACAUCCAGAAGGAGUCCACCCUCCACCUGGUGCUGCGUUUGAGGGGUGGUAUGCAGAUCUUUGUGAAGACCCUGACUGGCAAGACAAUCACCCUUGAGGUUGAGCCCAGUGACACUAUUGAGAAUGUCAAGGCUAAAAUCCAAGACAAAGAAGGCAUUCCUCCAGAUCAGCAGAGGCUGAUCUUUGCUGGCAAGCAGCUGGAAGAUGGCCGCACCCUGUCUGACUACAACAUCCAGAAGGAGUCCACCCUCCACCUGGUGCUCCGUCUGAGGGGUGGUAUGCAGAUCUUCGUGAAGACCCUGACUGGCAAGACCAUCACCCUUGAGGUUGAGCCCAGUGACACCAUUGAGAAUGUCAAGGCCAAAAUCCAAGACAAAGAAGGCAUUCCUCCAGAUCAGCAGAGGCUGAUCUUUGCUGGCAAGCAGCUGGAAGAUGGCCGCACCCUGUCUGACUACAACAUCCAGAAGGAGUCCACCCUCCACCUGGUGCUCCGUCUGAGGGGUGGUAUGCAGAUCUUCGUGAAGACCCUGACUGGCAAGACCAUCACCCUUGAGGUUGAGCCCAGUGACACCAUUGAGAAUGUCAAGGCCAAAAUCCAAGACAAAGAAGGCAUUCCUCCAGAUCAGCAGAGGCUGAUCUUUGCUGGCAAGCAGCUGGAAGAUGGUCGCACCUUGUCUGACUACAACAUCCAGAAGGAGUCCACUCUCCACCUGGUGCUGCGUCUGAGGGGCGGGCAGUAAAUUAGUCCACUUAAGGCAUUUAAGACAAAAUUGUAGAAAUAGAUAUUAACUUGCCAGUCAUAUUCACAUGUUAGUGUAACAGUAAAAUAAAGCAUUCAAGUUGAGAUGCACUGGUGUUUAUUCACAAUGAUGUACAGUAAGUCAGGUUGUCUGCAUGGUUUAAGUAAAACUAUAUUUUCUCAUGUCUGUAUAUAUGGUGACAAUGGAAACCAACGUGAAGGUUAAUUAGCUUUUCUUAAUUGUCACCUUUUUAAUCCAUAGUCGACUUUCAGAACUAGUUGAUCAGUAUGCUUUUAACAUUAAUGAUCAUGCAUGGCAUAUCAUUGGUGGGUAAUAAACAUUUAAAAAUGAUCUGACCAUCAAGCCUGCAGAUUAAAUGGUAAGGCUACAGUACAUGAAUAGAGCUAGUUUAUUUCUCCUAUUGUGUAUGAUGUGGAAGCUCAGCUGUAUCAACUAUCAAUUCACAGCUUAAUACUGAUUCCUUACUGUGUUGAGAACUUGGAACCCAUGUUUGCUUAAGUAGGAGGUAAGAUUGCUACAUGCAAGAUCCAAGAAGACCAAUAUGAAUGCACAGAACUUCUGAUUUAAGUAGACCAUAAAUGUAACUAAAAUUUGCUAAAUGUAUGUAAAAUUACUUUGCAUGAUUAAUGGUUUUUGCUAUAUAAGGUAAGCCUAUUGUGAGAAAUUCCUUGUUUACAUCUUGGUUAUGGAAAGGAAGGGUGACUUUUACAUGUUAACUGUAUAACACUAAUUCAAAAUUAAGAUCUUUUGGAGCAAGCCUGGAGAUGUUUAAGUUAAAACUAAAUAGCUGAGAUAAAAGGGUGCCAGUAAACAUUAAAGCUAUGAGCAAACAUUUUCAAUGCA